AUGUAUAUAAUUCUUUCUUUUUCUUUGUACUUCUUUUUUCUCCCACUUCUAUCUAUCUAUCUAUCUAUCUCUUUUCUAUAUCUAUCAAUUUCUAUCUCCCUCUUGACAGAUCUUCUUCCUUCAAGCAACAUACCAACUUCCAAGACAUGGGAAACCUCAUCCCUAACUUCUUGUCUAUACUUUGUCGUAAUUAUUCUCCUUGAAUUCUUUAAAUGUUCCUCCAAACUUGUUUCCCUUCUCUGGACUUUCCAGUUUCUCCUUUCCAACUCGUCUCUCCUUUUCAUAACUGCCUCUGGCCCUCAUACUUACCCAUCACAAUCUAUUCACAAUAUACCUCUAUCUAUCUGCCUCUCUCCCCAUGUACAUGAAUCGACCUCAGCCUCUUCCUACUCCUCCAUUCCUGUUCAAUUGUCAUCUCGCCUCUUUCUCUCUCUCUCCUUGAAUCCUGUUCAAUUGUAUUGUCAUCUCUUCUCUCUCUCCUUGAAUCCUGUUCAAUUGUAUUGUCAUCUCUUCUCUCUUCUCUCUCUCUCCUUGAAUCCUGUUCAAUUGUAUUCUCCUCUCCUCUCUCUCCUUCACUUCUGUUCAAUUGUCAUCCCCUCACUCUCUCUCUCCUUCACUCCUGUUCAAUUGUCAUCUCCUCUCUCCUUGGAUCCUGUUUAA